AGGACAGUGAGAGAGAGUGAGGGAAAGAGGGACAUUGACGGGAGAGGUGAGUGUGAGGGAAAGAGAAGAGUAGUGGGAGGUGGAGCGUGUGAGGGACACUGAGGGAGAGAGGGGCAGUGCCUGGUGAAGAGGAGGGGCCAGUGACUGACAAGAGGGAGGUUGUUGUGAGGGAGACUACAGCAGGAAGCGGGGGAGAGGAGACUGUGUACAUUGGGAGAGGCUGGGGUUGAGGGAGAGACUAUUCCCGAUCACACCGGCACCAGGGAGAGGAUUCACGGACACUGACGGUGCAGACUAAGAGCGGAGAGGGGGCUAGAUCAGACAUUACUCCGAGUGCACCAUGUUUUACUUCCCUGAUGUAUUGCAGAGAACCACCGGGAAAUUUAGCACCAUCUGGCUGGUGGCAACUAAAGCUGGGAAGGUUACAAGACGAGACUAUUUGAAAGUGAACGUUGUGAGAACAUGUGAGGAGAUCAUCAGAUACAUUCUGGUACAGGUCCCGCCGCCCUACCCCAACACCUCCAGGCCUCGAUUCUCCCUCUACCUCUCCGCCCAGCUUGAGAUCGGUGUUGUUCGAGUCUUCCACAGGCAAUGCAACUACCUGAUAGAAGAGAUCCAGCACACCUUGGAGCGGAUCCACCGGAUGUAUUCCCAGGUUCGGAUCAACAUGCCGGAGCUGGAGCAGCCCAGCCUGCUGCUGCCGGACAUGGCCACACUGAUGGAGACCUAUGAAGGGGCUUUGGAUCCAUUCUUUGGAGUGAUGACUAGUCCCCCGCUGCCUAGUCCAAGUCUGAUCCCAGAGGUGAAGCCGCUCCUAAAACCUCCAGUUCCGGAAGGCCCACCGGAGGUUUCUCCCAAAGCUGAAGAGCCAGUUCCCGUACUCACUGUGUCUCCAGAAUUGAUCACAAUCCGUGAGGUAGAGCCCAUCUUGAUGCCUGAAGUGGAGGCAGGACUGGACUUGCCUGAGCUCAGUGUCAGGCAACUGGAAGAUUUCCUGGCUGAGGAGUUCUGGUUUCUUGAGGAGCCUGGCGUAGCGGAAGCCCGAAAACUUCGGAGACGGCCCCGGCGGGAAGUUCCCAGGGAGGAGGAGGAGGUGGCACCAGAAGUCACGGACAUAGCAGCGAAGAGACCAGAGGUCUCACCUGUGAGACUGGAAUUCGAAGAGCCACCUGCAGUGGUGGCGGAGGUCACUGGGGUCCCAUCAGAGGUCUACGCUAUCCAGCCAGGUGAAAUUGCCCCAGAGAAAGAAAUGGAGAUACCAACUCCACCCACGCUGCCCCCCUUGCACAAAGAAGAGGAGUCUCCAAGGCGCCGAGAGCCCUUGCCCAGCCCAGAGCUGGUCUUGCCUGAGAUCUAUGAGCUUCCACCAGUGAUACCAAAACGCAGAAGGCGAAGGGAGCAAUUUAUUGACACAACCAUCCAGAUACCACGAGAGGAGAUGCAGGAGCAGAUCCAGAGGGUUGAUGUCCACUGUGUCCCAUUUCACCCCAUCGAGCUUUCACGCCAGCGGAAGGUCCCGCCUGCGAGUCUGUUCCAGAACCCAGCCUAUGAGCCAUGGACGGCCCCUGCGCUGCGACAGCUGUGGACGAGGUGUGCCAGGACUGAGCCGGUGGACUACGGUGCCAGGCGCAGGCUGGAGGCUCUCGAGAUGGAGGUUCUCCGAGAGACCCUGGAGCCAAGCAUACCUCAGCUAACUUUGACAGGGUCACUGGAGGAGUCAGAGGCUGAAGUAUCCCGGUCCCUAAUCAAGUCACCAGAGGAAAGCAGACCUCCCACGGCAGAGCUGGAAGAGAAACUGCCGACGGUGAUGGAAGUCAGUGAGACAGUGGAAGUGUCUCCGGGCCGCCUCCCACCUCCUGAAGUGACGGCUGUCACUCAUAGAUUCGUGAUGGACCUGGUGUCGGGAGGGUUGAUUGACCGUGAUGAGACUGAUCUUCACACGAUUCUUCCCACCACCAUCUCUCGCAUAGACAUCUGUCGCAUCUUCUACAUCUGUUUGGUGCUCGCCUCGAGACAGGUUCUCCGCCUGGACCAGAUCCAGCCCUAUGGGAGGAUUGCCAUCACCCCUGGCCCACGGUUCGGCGAGGAUCUGUGAUGUGGAGGCAGAGCUCACUCACCACUCAUCCCCUCUGAUUUUUCAGAGAAACAGGAGGAGGCUAUUGGGCCCUCUCAAGCCUGCAGUCCCGUUACGCAAUGCGAUCAUGCCUGAUCUACACUGUUCUCAGCUCCUGUGCCGUUUCCCUACACCCUCAGUUCCUCGCUCCCUAAAUAUUUAUCAAUUACACGGCAAUUCAAACUCCCCACCCUUGGGCAGAGUGUCACACUGACAGAGAAUUCCAGAAAUUUCCACCCGUCUUCAUUUGAAAUACAGCAAUCGACCUCUGUCCUUGGCUCUGUCACUGAUGAGAAGAGAUACCCUAUCAGGAUGCCUCACUGCUACACUAUCAAGCCCCCUUGGGAUUGUAUCUGAGCAUUUUCUAAAUUCUGUCCCAAAUUGUCUCACCUCUUGGUAGAUCAUCCCAGGAAUUACCCUCCAUUGUUACUCUUACCUUUUCUUUUAGCUCAGAGAUCAAAACCCUCCACAGAAUUCCAGGUGUGGCCUUACUAACAACCUGUGCAACCAUAACAACACCCCCUCUCCGUUCCUAAACUCCACUCCCUGUGUAGUAAAGGCCAAACUGCCACUCUGCCUUCUUAACCAUUAGAUAAAUCUGCCUGCUAACUUUUUUUUUCUGAUUCCAACACUGGAAGAGCCAGUCCAUUUGAAUUUUCACUCUUUUGCGGUUUGACUCCUGUUAGAUGAUCUGCUUUUUAAUUUCUUUUACUGAAUUGCAUGACAUCGCACUUCCCCCACAUUACUCCCCAUUUCACAGCCUCACUCAGCCGGUCUGUAUCCUGUUGCCGGAUCACAACACCGUCAUCAGAUUUCCUUCCACUGUGUUAUCGGCAAACUUGGACAUCUUGCAUCUCGUUUCCUCCUCCUGAUCAUUAAACAGUGAACAACUGUGGCCAUAGACCAACACCCUGGGUACCCCAAAAGUUGCCUCCUUCCAGUCCGAAAACAACCCACUUACUCCAGACACACAAAACACAAGGAGCUCAGUGGAUCAGCAUCAUCUAUGGAGGGGAAUGGACAGUCGAUAUCUCAGAUGGAGAGGGUGUCAACCUGAAACAUCGACUGUCCAAUCCCCUACACAGACACCACCUCCCCUGCUAAGUUCCUCCAGUGUUUUGCUCCGGAUUCCUGUAUCUGCAGUACCCUCAGUUUCUAUUAAUUCGCUCCACUUUCAUGAAACACCAUUUUGACACACUCCCUCCAAUAUUGUGGUUGUUCCUCUCCUCACCUUGCGGCGCAUUGGGCAGCACUGUUCGUCGUUUCUUUAACAUUUAUCUGUACUUUAUGAGGCCGAGUUGCUACCUCGACACUCAACCCGGCACGGAGGGAAAGUGUGCAAGGAGCUGGCUGGAUUCAAACCCGGGACCACUCGCCUUGAAGUCUGGUGCGGAUACCACUACACCAUCGGCCAGCUAGCUCUCCAAUAUUGUGGCUUUUUAAUUUACAUCCCAGUCUAUAGUUUGGCACCCUGUCAAAUGCCUUUCAGAAAUCUAUGUACACCAUGGCCACAAUUUUACGUUUACCAGCCUUCCCUGUCAAAUCAUUCGUUCUUCAGUUCCUUUAAUAUCCAAAACCCAGUGACUGAACAUCCCUCUCCCACUCCUCUUGCCCUCACUGAGGGCACCAAAGAUUCUCCUCCCUCUGGAGCAUAGGAAUUUAUCCUCAUCUUUGACCUCAAUGGCUGACUUCGUAAGCUGACUCAGUGAAACCCGCCUCCCCUCAUCCGGGACAACUCAGUCUGAAACAACCCUAGGUGAAGAUACCAACUCCACCCCGCCCACCACACACAUCCACUCUGUAGAACCUUGGGCAGAUUCUCUCAUCUCCUGAACUCCAGGGAUCACAGGCCGGGUCUGUAUAAUCUUUUCUCACAAUCCCCAUUCCUCCCACCCCAUCGAGGGUCCGAGCACCUUGGUGAGGCCGGAGACAGUCAGUCCGGAAUUCAGGAAGGCAGUGGGUUGGUCUGUGCAGGGCCGGAAGGGACAGUGGUUGAGAAGUGGCGUGGGGGGGCGUCGGGGAGGAGAGUGGACAGCUGAGUAUCCCGCUCCUGAAAACUGCUCAAUUGUAAUUUGUGAGCUCAUUUGUUUAAUAAUUUUAUUAACUGACCCCGUUGGUAAGGUAGAUCAUUGACCAGCGGGUCCCAAUUGAAAGACGGCGCACAGGUGCUGUGUCCAGAGAACCGUGUGUGCACUGGUUUGUGACUGUGUGGGUGCGGGCUCUGCACGUUCAGGCAUCAGAGUGUGCAGAGCCGUGUACGGGAGCUUUGGUGUGUGCUCGAAUCGAGUGCUUGGAAGCGAUUGUGCAUCCGUGUCUACACAUGACUUCCAUGCACACACCCAUACAUGCACAAGUGAUAGUCAGUGUGAAUGUGUGUGCGUGUAUUAUAUGUGCAUGAGAGUGAGCUUGUGUAUGCGCAGUGUGUGUAACUUUGUGGUACACGGUUAUACCUCAACCUACAGCACUCGAGCUCUCAUUUACACAGGUAUUGUGUGAGAGACGCGUUAUUCCAGUAAACCUGCAGCCUCAGGUACACGAAUACCACUACUGUUCUGUUGUGGCAAACUCCCCUCUUUGUGUUAAUGGACUUCCAGUGGAUCCUGACUGCUGCCUCAGUCUUCACAUGAUGAAUGUUUCUGGCGUUUGACUAUGUUCCUAUUUAAACAAAUAAAUUGCUG